UGAACAAGUAAAAGGCAUUAUGAUUGGUGGAUGCAGAGAAAGAGAAUUCCCGAAGCCAGGCUUCCCGGGAUGCGAAAAGCAGGCAGACGCAGACCGUUACACCUCGGAACCGCAAUCUCAACGCUUACACGCACAAAUGUCAGGUAUUUCAUAGAGUUUUUGGGUCUGCAUUUUGCUAAAGUCAGCCAAUCACAAAAUAGAUCACAUCAAUGCAAAACAGCGCACAAUGGAGCUUGCAUUGAGCACGGCUCAGACAAACCUAAAAACGGGCACUCCUUGUUUGACAGCUGUCUGCCCAAUAGCCUCGCACACCAGCCUAUCAGUGGUGCCGAACAGCCAAUAGGAAGAAGGAAAAACCGGGGCUAAUUAACGUUAGGGUGUUCUUUCAGACUGCCUGUGCUAAACUUCACCAAAUAAUAGCUGUUUGUAUUUUGGCUGCUGCAGUAGCCAUUUUAGAUGUGAAGAUUUGCCAGAUCAAAAAGAGAAAUCAUGAAAGUUCAGAAGAAAGGAAAGCAGAUGGCCUCCUCCAAGGUAUUAAAGCACACUCCAGCAGCAGCAGCCGUCUCAACUGCUGAUGACCCAAGCGCACAAUCCCCCUUCCCCUGCAGCCAGACCAGCCUGCAAGAGCAGCCCAGGGCCUCAGGACUGUCCAAUCACUGCAUGGUGCUUGCCAGGCCGGGCCUGGGUCAGGACCCCGCUCCCCCCGUGAACGGCAUCGAGGACGACGGGGGAGGCAGCAGGGUGAAGAAGAAACGAAAGAAAAAAGAGAUGGAGGAGCCGGGCGGGGGGGCAGCAGCGAAGGGGACGAGCCAGAAAGAACCCAAACCAAAGAAAAAGAGGGAGCCGAAAGAAGAAGGGAAGGAACCGAAAAAAGACAAGCAGCCCAAGGAGGCGAAAAAGGGCAAGGAACUGAAGCAGCAGAAAGAACCCAAGAAGACGAGGAAACCGCGGGAGACGAAGGCCCCCAAGGAGAAGAGAACGGCCACAAGCCCAAAGACCAGGGGCCGGAAACCCAGUAAAGAUCAGGGCCAAACUCCCGUGGAGAAGAAGAAGAAGGGGAAGAGGAAAAGCGAGACCCCUGUGGACUCCUUGGAUUCUGACGAGAACAUUUCUCUGGCUGCCCACGUCCCAAGUGCAGAGGAGACCACUGAUUCCACAGACGGGCAGAAGCGCCGCUCGGGCCGGCAGGUGAAGAGGAGGAAGUAUAACGAGGAUCUGGAUUUCAAAGUGGUCGACGACGAUGGAGAAACGAUCGCUGUGCUGGGAACAGGGAGAAUACCGGCUCUGUCUUCAUCCACACUGGCGUGGCAAUCCGAGGAGCCCCCGGAAGAUGAAGCCAACAUCAUUGAGAGGAUCCUGUCGUCUCGCUGGGUGAAUUAUGAGACUUCUCCUGGUGAGCCGAUCCUGGAGGCUGAAGAGUUCUACGUCAAGUACAGGAAUUUCUCAUACCUGCACUGUAAGUGGGCCACGCUUGAAGAGCUGGAGAAGGACCCCAGGAUCAGUCAGAAAAUCAAGCGCUUCAGGAACAAACAGGCACAAAUGAAACACAUUUUCACAGAGCCGGACGAGGACCUGUUCAAUCCAGACUACAUUGAAGUGGACAGAGUGCUGGAAGUCGCCCACACUAAGGAUACAGAGACUGGGGAGGAGGUUACCCAUUAUUUGGUGAAGUGGUGCUCCCUGUCCUAUGAAGAGAGUACCUGGGAGUUACAGGAGGACGUGGAUCCUGGGAAAAUCAAAGAGUUUGAGGACAUCCAGAAGAUCCCUGCCAUAAAGCACAUGGAGCGCCCGGCCGCGGACACCUGGCAGAAGCUGGAGCGCUCGCGGGAUUACAGGAACGCCAAUGAGCUGCGCGAGUACCAGCUGGAGGGGAUGAACUGGCUGCUGUUCAACUGGUACAACAGAAAGAACUGCAUCCUGGCGGAUGAGAUGGGCUUGGGGAAGACCAUCCAGUCCAUCACGUUCCUCUACGAAAUAUUCCUGCUGGGGAUCCGGGGGCCGUUCCUCAUCAUCGCGCCCCUGUCCACCAUCACCAACUGGGAGCGCGAGUUCCGCACCUGGACUGAGAUGAAUGCCAUCGUCUACCACGGCAGCCAGAUCAGCAGGCAGAUGAUCCAGCAGUAUGAGAUGCUGUAUAAGGAUGAGCAGGCUAACCCCGUCCCGGGUUUGUUCAAGUUCCACGGGGUCAUCACCACCUUCGAGAUGAUCCUGGCUGACUGCCCGGAGCUCAAGAAGAUCCACUGGCGCUGCGUGGUGAUCGACGAGGCUCACCGCCUCAAGAACAGGAACUGCAAGCUGCUGGAAGGGCUCAAACUCAUGAACCUGGAACAUAAAGUGCUGCUGACUGGCACCCCGCUACAGAACUCUGUGGAGGAGCUCUUCAGUCUCUUGAACUUCCUGGAGCCCGUGCAGUUUCCCUCGGAAAGCACCUUCCUGGACGAGUUUGGAGAUCUCAAAACAGAGGAACAGGUGAAGAAGCUGCAGGCCCUCCUGAAGCCCAUGAUGCUGCGCAGGCUGAAGGACGAUGUGGAGAAGAACCUGGCCCCGAAGGAGGAGACCAUCAUCGAGGUGGAGCUCACCAACAUCCAGAAGAAAUACUACCGAGCCAUCCUGGAGAAGAACUUCACUUUCCUGGCCAAGGGAGCCAACCAGCACAACAUGCCCAACCUCAUCAACACCAUGAUGGAGCUGCGCAAGUGCUGUAACCACCCCUACCUGAUAACCGGUGCGGAGGAGAAGAUCCUGGAGGAUUUCCGGAAGAACCACAGCCCGGAAGCCUGGGACUUCCAGCUGCAGGCCAUGAUCCAGGCAGCGGGGAAGCUGGUGCUCAUCAACAAGCUGCUGCCCAAGCUGAUUGCCGGCGGACACAAGGUGCUCAUCUUCUCUCAGAUGGUGCGCUGCCUGGACAUCCUGGAGGACUACCUCAUCCAGAGACGGUACACCUAUGAGCGCAUCGACGGGAGAGUUCGAGGGAACCUGCGCCAGGCCGCUAUCGAUCGGUUCUGCAAAGUGGAUUCGGACCGGUUCGUAUUUCUGCUGUGCACGAGAGCAGGGGGCCUCGGCAUCAACCUGACUGCUGCUGACACCUGCAUCAUCUUCGACUCGGAUUGGAACCCACAGAACGACCUGCAGGCUCAGGCCCGCUGCCACAGAAUAGGCCAGAGCAAAGCGGUCAAGGUGUAUCGCCUGAUCACCAGGAACUCCUACGAGAGGGAGAUGUUUGACAAAGCCAGCCUGAAGCUCGGGCUGGACAAAGCAGUGCUGCAGGACAUCAACAAAAAGGGAAGCACCAACGGGGUGCAGCAGCUGUCCAAGAUGGAGGUGGAGGACCUCCUGCGCAAGGGGGCGUACGGAGCCCUAAUGGACGAGGAGGACGAGGGCUCCAAGUUCUGUGAGGAAGACAUCGACCAGAUCCUGCAGCGCCGAACACGGACCAUCACCAUCCAGACCGAGGGCAAGGGAUCCACCUUCGCCAAGGCAAGCUUUGUAUCUUCAGGAAACAGAACUGACAUUUCUUUAGACGACCCCAACUUUUGGCAGAAGUGGGCGAAAAUAGCAGAGCUGGAACUGGAUUCCAAAGAUGAAAAGGAGAGCUUGGUGAUCGACACCCCGCGUGUGCGGAAGCAGACCCGGCACUACAACUCCUUCGAGGACGACGAGCUGAUGGAGUUCUCCGAGCUGGAGAGCGACUCCGAGGACCGGCCUUCCCGAACACGCCGCCUGAACGAGAGGCACCGCCGUUACAUGCGGGCCGAGUGCUUCCGGGUCGAGAAGAAUCUGCUCAUAUUCGGCUGGGGCCGCUGGAAGGACAUCCUGACCCACGGCAGGUUCAAGUGGCACUUGGUGGAGAAGGACAUGGAGCUGAUCUGCCGGGCUCUACUGGUCUACUGUGUCAAACACUACAAAGGAGAUGAGAAGAUCAAGAGCUUCAUCUGGGACCUCAUCACCCCCACCAAGGACGGGCACAGCCAGGACCUGCAGAACCACUCUGGCUUGUCAGCGCCGGUUCCCAGGGGGAGGAAGGGGAAGAAGCUGAAGAACCCGAUGUCCCUGCCGGAGAUAAAGAGCGCAGACUGGCUGGUCAGCUGCAACCCCGAGAUCCUCCUUCACGACGACAGCUACAAGAAGCACCUCAAACAACACUGCAACAAGGUUCUGCUUCGAGUGAGGAUGCUGUACUACCUGAAGGCGGAGGUGCUGGGAGAGGCGGCUGUCAAAGCUUUAGAGGGCAUUCACAGCCGCGACCUGGACGUGCUGCUCCCUGAUAUUGACUACCUGGAGAUUCCAGCGGAGUGGUGGGAUGGGGACGCUGAUAAAUCUCUGCUCUUAGGCGUCCACAAGCAUGGGUAUGAACGGUACCAUGCCAUGCGGACAGACCCCAAGCUGUGCUUCCUGGAGAGGGUGGGGAUGCCUGAUGAAAUGGAGCAGGGGGUGGCAGACGUGCUCAGUGAGAGGAGCGACACAAGUAAAGAAGAUGAUUUGGUCAACAAGGAGGCUGUGGAUUGCGAUAAAGACUUGGCUGAAGAGGAAGCUGUCGUCUGUAACGAAGCAAAAGACAAAGUAGAAAACGUCACUGCGGCCCUGGACUGCUCCGAUCAAGACAGACCCGUGUGGCCGGUUGCUUCCUCCUUGACCGCGAGACUGCGCCGGCUGAUCACUGCGUACCAGCGCUUCAACCGGAAGGAGUUGAUUCGGAGCGAGUUCCUGGUGCCGGACGGCCACGGCACCUGGCAUCUGUCUGAGGAAAUGAGGAGGAGGGUCGUGGAGCCAGACCCCCUGUUCCUGGAGAUGCAGAACAGGUGGACCAGAAGGGAACAGGCAGAUUUCUACCGGACAGUCUCUUCCUUUGGAGUGGUGUUCGACCCUGAAAAGAAGUGCUUCGACUGGACGCAGUUCAGGAUGUUCGCUCGGUUAGAGAGAAAGACAGACCAGAGCCUGGAGAGGUAUUUCCACAGCUUCGUGGCCAUGUGUCGCUGCUCCUGCCGACUGCCUCCCAGGAAAGACGAAGGGCCGCUGGACCAGCCCGUGUUCGUGGAGCCGAUCACGGAGGAGCGAGCGGCGCGGACGCUGUACCGGAUGGAGCUGCUGCGGAAGGUGCGCGAGCAAGUCCUCCGGCACCCAGAGCUGGCCUCGCGGCUCCAGCUGUGCCAGCCCAGCCUCUACCUCCCCGUGUGGUGGGAGUGCGGCAAGCACGACCGGGACCUCCUGAUCGGGGCCGCCAAGCACGGGCUGAGCCGCACUGACUACUACAUCCUCAACGACCCCCAGCUCUACUUCCUGGAGGCGCACAGGAACUACGUGCAGAAGGAGAACAAGCGCCACCCCGGCCACGCCCCGGCGCGCUGCUGCCUCUAUGAAGCCAGUGUCAGCCAGUGCGCCUCCCCGGUCCCUUACCCAGGGACCCACCAUGCCAUGGAGGCUGCAGGGAGCAUCAUGGACCCCUGUGCUGGCGAGGUCGGGCCCGGCAGUAAGGAUGUGUUCAUGGAGGACUCGAUGAAUCUGGCUUCUCUUCACCAUGAUGAGACCUUGGGGGCAGGUAACACGCUACAUGGGAAAGCUUUGAAAGACUCGUCCAACGCUUUCCCAUUUAACACGGACACUGGAGGGCAGAGCAUGCUGAAUACGUACAGCGUGCAAGCCGACGCGCAGGCGGUCGCAGGGAAGCUGCACGCAGAUCCUUUAGGGAACGAGCAGAGCCACUGCGAGGCCGAUCUGAUGGUGCCGUCGGGCGGCCUGGAUGAGAUACAGACCCAGUGGGACAGCACGGAGCAUUCGAACGCAGCUGAUAUAUUUAACGAAUCGGGAGCGAUCCUCGGAGCGCAGACCCUGGUGUCGGAGUUCCUGGAUUCAGCCCAGCCAGCCGAGGAGAGAGCAGAAAGCUCCCUGCCAGACUGCAUGACCAUGCCGAGCUUGAACUCCCAAGGCAAUAGCAUGGAGCUUUUACCAAGCAGCUUCAUGCUGUUUAAGGAAAUAACUGGUCCGGGUAGCGUUCAAGACGAGCCUGAAAUUCCAGGCAUUUGCGGUGAUCACUGUGCACCUGACUACGUACCCCCUGUCACUGUGACAGACCUCAAAAUGAACCACGACUGCGAGGACAGUGUGCAGGAGAACAUCGGGGAACCCGAGGAAAAGCUGAGCGAUUCUGACAUCACCCAGAGCGCGCCAAGCCUGUGCGACGGCAGCGAGAGUGUAAACCUGGAGUUUGAGAAGGACGAUCUUUCGCAUGAUGACCAGAGUAAUGUAGAAGAGCCCGAGGAGGGACAGAGGGAGGCUGGACAAGGCUGUGUCUGCGACGUUGGAGAUGAAAAUACCCUCAGCAGUCAAACCUACGAAGGGGCAGACCAGGCGUCUCCCGCGUUCUCAGUUCUGGAGGCUCCGCCUGCAUCGUCAGGAACGGAGUCAGUCGGGGAGUUGAGAGCGGAGGAGUACAGCGAAGACCAGCACUUCACAGACGUUAAGCCCAUAAAAUCAGAGGCUGGAGCUGGUCUGGUAGCACCCAGACAAGAAGAGAGGGGGAUGUUUGUAGGAGCCCUGAAUGAGGAAAAACCCCAACCCACAGCUGUUCCUGUGGAGAGUUGUGAAGAAGAUGCCAAGUACUCUGCCCACGCUGCUCGCUUUGAGAUCCAGGAGGGGCUUCUGCAGGACACCCGGGAGCCCACCAUCGCGCAGCUGCUGCAGGAGAAAGCUCUUUACUCCUUCUCUGAGUGGCCAAAGGAUCGGGUAAUCAUCAACCGAAUCGAUAACAUCUGCCAUGCCAUCCUGAAGGGGAAAUGGCCAUCUUCUAGUCAGCAGUUUGACUCUCCGAGCUCUGUGUCUGCCCAGAGCUGUGCGAACAGCAUCGCUCACAGAAACAAUUUCCUCUCCGCGCGGGUCCCAGCGACCCAGAGCCUGAGCUUCAGCAUCGGGGCUGGCGUCCCCCAACUCGCUAAGGAUGGGUUGAUGAGCAUGCCGUUCAUGCGGGACCCCGGAAGAAGCCGGCGGGGGUUUGAGUUUGAAUCGGAGGCGGGCUCUAAGCAGGGCAGGAUGGAGAAGAUCCCGGUGGUUCUGAACGGCUGGCAGGAGGCCGCCAUGGACCUCUCGAAGGCGGGGGAUCUGUCUGUGGGCGGCUCCCUCAAGCUGGCCUCCGUUGGCCCCCCGCAGAGCUCACUGGGGCUGGACAUGGCCGGGAUCCUGCAGGCCGGCCUCAUUCACCCCGUCACGGGGCAGAUCGUCAACGGUAACCUGCGCAGGGACGACGCCGUCAUGAGGAGGAGGAGGGGUCGCAGGAAGAACGUGGAAGGGGUGGACCUGCGAUUCACCAGAAACAGAAGCCUUCAGAAUCAGGAGCAGAAUGGUCAGGAGGGUCCAGGCCUGCCUUGCUCUGGGUCCGUGCGGUCUGACAGGCGAAACCCAGCCACACAAACUCAACAAGCACAGAGUGUGGUGAUGGAAAGGGAGGUCGCCAACAAGAGCCUGCUGGAGUGGCUCAGGCAAAAUCCCAACUACACAAUGGAGAUGCCCGCCUUCUCCCAUAACGUUGGGAUCCUGCACGGCUUUGCGGAGCGGCCCAAGCAGAGGAGGCAUCGCUGCAAAGACCCCAGCAAGCUGGAUGUGAACUCGCUGACCGGGGAGGAGAGGGUCCCUGUGGUGCACAAGGGCACCGGGAGGAGGCUGGGAGGCGCGAUGGCCCCAGCCAUUAAGGAGCUGUCCCGGUGGCUGGAUGCAAAUGCAGAGUAUGCUGUGGCACCAGAUUGGGCUGAGAUCGUCAAGCACUCAGGGUUUCUCCCGGAAGACAAGUUCAGCCGCAUCCUCACAGAGCCAGUCUUCAGAGACCCGGGCCCCAGGAGAAGAGGCAGGCGUCCCCGGAGCGAGGUGGUCAGGGCAGCCGGAAGCAUCCCGGACUCCCCUUCCACGAUGGGGCCCUUGUUCAUGAACGGACUGAUCAGCGGCAUGGACUUGGUGAGCCUCCAGAACCUGAGGAACAUGCAGGGGAUCCCCUUGACUGGACUCAUGGGCUUCCCGCAUGGGUUCGCCACAGCGCUCCCUGCUGGGGAGGAGGGCAAGGGCGGGCUGAACAUGUUGCCCAUGAUGCUGCACGGCAUGGCCGCUGUCCAGCCGCACAUGUUCAGCGUCAGCGGACUCCUGAACCCGGCAGCCACUGCAGCGACCAGCAGCACCACCGUCACCAGCAGCAGCACAUCGCCCUCUUCCUGCGGGGCAGAGAAGGACCCUGCGGACGCACCCAAAGGAGAGGAGUUGGAGGAGAGGCAGAGUGACACCAGCACCAGCAGCCACCCCGAGCCCACAGUAACUGCGAGCGGACCGUUGGCUUUCAAUCCUUUCCUGAUCCCGGGCGUGUCCCACGGGCUGCUGUACCCGCACAUGUUCCUCCCGCACAGUGUCAGCAUGGCGCUGCCCAGCGUGCAGCAGGCCAGCCCCUCGGAGGAGAGCCCCAAGAGCAAGAAGAGGAAAGUGAAGGAGGACGAGACCACCUCUCAGACUGAAACCCCUCCAGAGACCCAGAACCCAACCAGCACAGAACAGGAGCCGCCCCCGCCGCCCGCAGGGGACUGUGCAGAGCAAACGGCUGAGGAGGGGGAGGAGUUGCUGUAGGCCAGCCUUCGUACUGUACAACCGAGUUACCAGUGUGUGAUGUGUAGGUCAGAAAUCUAAAUGUAAAGUCUUUUAUUAUACACUUCUUAUUAAUGUUUAUAGAUUUCCUCCACAGCACUUUGUGAUAAUUCUAGCCCCCCUGUCUCGAGCUGAUUUGAAACAAACACUAGAGUGUCUCUAAGGGUUUGAAGCAUGCAGAGUCCUGCCCCUGCCCUCAAGCCCAGCUUGUGUUCAGUGAUCAGACUGGUGGUCUUUUGUGAAGCUGCUGCUCAUGCACACAGCACCCUGGAGGUUGGAUUUCAGCCCAGUGCUUCACAGCAUUCUCAAAGCAGGUGGAUCAGUAUGCUGUGCUGCAGCAGGGUCCCUCGGUAUACUGUGCUGCAGCAGGGUCCCUCAGUAUACUGUGCUUCAACAGGGUCCCACGGUAUACUGUGCUGCAGCAGGGUCCCUCAGUAUACUGUGCUUCAACAGGGUCCCACGGUAUACUGUGCUGCAGCAGGGUCCCUCGGUAUACUGUGCUUCAGCAGGGUCCCACGGUAUACUGUGCUGCAGCAGGGUCGCUCAGUAUGCUGUGCUGCAGCAGGGUCCCUCGGUAUACUGUGCUUCAGCAGGGUCCCUCGGUAUACUGUGCUGCAGCAGGGUCCCUCGGUAUACUGUGCUGCAGCAGGGUCCCUCGGUAUACUGUGCUGCAGCAGGGUCCCUCGGUAUACUGUGCUGCAGCAGGGUCCCUCGGUAUGCUGUGCUGCAGCAGGGUCCCUCGGUAUGCUGUGCUGCAGCAGGGUCCCUCGGUAUACUGUGCUGCAGCAGGGUCCCUCGGUAUGCUGUGCUGCAGCAGGGUCGCUCAGUAUGCUGUGCUGCAGCAGGGUCCCACAGUAUACUGUGCUGCAGCAGGGUCCCUCAGUAUACUGUGCUGCAGCAGGGUCCCUCAGUAUACUGUGCUGCAGCAGGGUCCCUCAGUAUACUGUGCUGCAGCAGGGUCCACGCUUGGGGUCCUGAUCCAGCGAUGCGUCUUUAUAUUUUAUUCUCAGUGCUGGUGGUUUAGUUUGUUUUGUAUUUUGCGAGGUUUUCUUGUUGGUGUUAACAGGGUUUUCAAAUUCUUCCCAGAUCUGUGUGCAAAAACUAAACCAACCCCAAAUCUUCCCCCAGACCAGGGUCCAGCAGUAAAGAGAAAUAUCGCUGCUUAAAAAAAACAAAAGGAAAUUCUAGAGGCCUUCAGAAGUUGUCGCUGGGGAUAGCUUCAAAGAGCCAAGGUUAAAUCUUUUUUUUUUUUUUUCUGCUAUCUGGCGAGCUGAAAAAAAGAUAUUGAGAAAUGCACCCGGGCCACUCCAGGAGCAGUGAACGAGAGCUCUUAAUGUUACGAAUCUGUAAAAUACCAUGUGGGGCGGGGGGGACGGGGACAGAAGAAGCCACAGUCAUCACUAAUAUAUAUAUAUAAUAGAAAUCUCUUUCGCUAUGUCACUUUUAAACAGUCCUUUUAAAAUGCAAUUGUAAUGUAUUGCAGAAUGCUUUUAAAAGUCCCUGCAGACACACCAGGACGCCUGUGCUUGUCCUGGAGCAGUCGAGUCAGUCCUGGAUAUACAUGCUAGUGUGCUGUGUCGAUACAAGAGCACAUGGGUGGAUCCCAGUACAGAAGGAAUGUUUUUCAAAGAUGUUCAUAGCGUGCUUUUGUGCGAAUUCGGGAAGAGCUCAGUAGGGUACAAGACACAGAGCUUGUAAAGGGUGCGGCCUUUCUGUAUCAUUUACCCUUUUUUCCAUGUAUUAGUACUGUAGGUUAGAUCAAGCUAUAUAUAUAUAUAUAUAUAUAUAUGAUUUGAAAAUAUUAUAUAUUAUUAUUAUUUUUUUAAUAAUACAAGAAAGCCUGUAGUUUUGUGUUCCAUGCUUCACGUUUCUGUCACUAAAUCCCAUUAAAAAAGCAACUCAGUACAGAAGUGAAUAUCCGAGAUGUCUUCACCAAUGGAUUCCUCUUGUGGUUUAGAUAUGUGCUUUUCUGUUUGUUGUCACACUUUGUACAACUCUUUUGAAGUUUGAAAGCAGCCCCGUGGCUCUCAGAAUCCUGCCUGCUCUCCGAGUUCCGCUGGUACACCAGAGUGUAGCCAUUAACCUGAGAAAUAGCACACAGAACGAGUGCUGCAGGGGGACAGGUUGAUGUGUUACACCCUGGUGUUCCUGCUGAGCUUGGAGGGGAGACGUGAUCACCGGAAGAGACCGGAGUUCAGAGAGCCGAGCUGGCGAGACUGGAGUUCAGAGAGCCGGCGAGACUGGAGUUCAGAGAGCCGAGCUGACGAGACUGGAGUUCAGAGAGCCAGCGAAACCGGAGUUCAGAGAGCCGAGCUGACGAGACUGGAGUUCAGAUGAUGUCAUUUCUGUUUCAAGUUGCUGUUUAGGUCAAUCUUGUCCCUCUCUUGUUAUAAUUUUUUGGUGGUGUUGUUUUUGUAGAUAAGCCUCUUCGGCGAGUCACUUUUCUUUCCAUUUCUUUACAGAAAGUUUUUGCAGAAAACCAAGACUUAGCAAGUCUACUGCUGUGUGCUAUCCAUUCCACGGGAUUUCAUUACGACAUCUUCAUAAACCAACACAAAUCUGCUAUUUUGUUGCCUUGAAUCGGUCGGAUCCAUCUUGUGCUUUUUCUUACGCCAAACUUUACCAAAUAUAAUUAAACCGCCUUUUGCCCUUUUUUUUUUUAAUUUUAAUUUUUCUGAUAUAUUCAAUGUACAAAAUGCCAUAUGUAGUGUUACACACAUGGAUGUUUCUGCGCAGGUCCAUUAUUGAAAGCAUAAGACAGGGCUUCUUAGCGUCGAUCCCAAUUCAAACUGAAAUGGUUUGUGUUGUGCAAGAUGACUUUUUAAAAAGUGUUCUACGUAGCUGGUUGAGAAGACGUGUUGACCCUUGCUUGGUAUCGUGUGAUUGGUGUACAUUGCACGUCUCCUUAAGGUAUACAGGGAACUGAGCUGUUUAAAAGAUUUCUUCUUCAAAUACAUCUGAAAGUGACUCGAGUAUCACAGGGAGGAAACGGACAGCUUGGAUGAGCAGAUGCAGCCCGUCAGUACGUUUUAAACCCUGGGUUUGAAGGGUUACUAAAAAAAAACGCGAUCAUAGUGGUUUCUGUAAUUAUUUGUAAUUUUACUCUUAGGAGAGCAAUAUGAAAUUGGACCAUCGUGAGGAUCAAGCAGACACGUCUUUUCAGGCCCGUGAGGUCCCUUCAUCUGGCCAAAGAGAUCAGAUUAGUAUUUCAUUACUGAAAGAGGUGAAACCUGGUUUCUUUGUAGUUUAGAGAUUGCUCUGUUGUGACCGAAAUACGCAUUACAAAAAUCCAUGUGUAGAGCUAGCGAAAAAUAUCUUUUAAAUAGCACUUGAGAUUUACGUAAGAGUUACACCGUAGAAGAACUUUGAUGGACGUUCACAAUCCGAGAUUAGGAUUCCUCAAAGCUGAGGGAAUGUCCUUCUUAUCGAGCUCCUUCAACAGAGUUACAGGGGCUCUGAUAAUACCAACGUGCAGUAAGAGUGGAGCCAGGUCCCUGAACUCAGCAGGUACUUCCUAUGUGUACUUCUGCAAUGGGAGCACACGAGCUCUAUUGACUUAUUUAAUAAUGAGCAGUCCUGCUUUCAGAUGAUUAAACUGUUCUGCCUCUUAACCACACAUUGACAUUCUGGAAGGUUUGAUCGCUUGACCUUUUUAUUUUGUCGUUUUUAUAGCUAACUGUUGGUAUCAGAACCCAGCAGACAGAUUCAGUGUUUAGUGUUCAACUCCAGUUCUCAUUAUAAAGACUUGAAAUCAUGUUGGUUAUUUUUUUUUUUUAUUUCAAAUUCAAUUGAAGGUCAAUGACAGUGAAUUACUAUUUAUUCAGUGUACAUGUUUGUCACUGUUUUACUGUAUAUGUAUUUCUUCUGUUACGUUUCAGAAAUGUAUCCACAGGUCCAAUGUUUUUAGAGUCGUAUGUAUUUCAGAUGUAUUUAUUUUACACUUCUUUGUUAUCAGUGUCUUUUUUUUAUAUACCUCUAAGUUAUAUUUGACUUACGAAGGGAAACCUGUCAAGUUUACAAAGAAAUCUGCCUGUUGUGGUUAAUCUAGAGAGCUAUAAUCAAGACAGCCUGACUAUUCAACAGAUCUGGACAGCUUUCCCUUUAAACUAAUCAGUUUUACCUCUAGUGGAAGUAGAAAUAGCAAAAGAAAAACAUUUAACUUAUUCAAAAUGGUCACUUGGCAAAUACCAGAGUUUUCUUGUCUGAGUACUGAACUUUCUCGGGCUGGUAUUAUUAUUAUUAUUAUUAUUAUUUUUAUUAUUAUUAUUAUUUUUAUUGUUAUUCCUCAUCUUUGUAUUAUUCUUGUAUGUCAGUGUAAGUCCAUGAUCAAAGGAACGCAUGGAGAAACAGGAUCCUAGCUUUAAUGGUUUGAUGGGACCCCAUUCUUAUCUGGUCUUGGAUAUGCAGAUAAAGGACAAACAUAAAUAAAUAAUGUAAAUGUAGACGAUGAUCAAUCAAAUGUUUCUCCAGUGUCCUGCUUCUUGGAUGAGGAGGCAGUGUGGUCCAGUGGUUAAAGAAAAGGGCUUGUAAUCAGGAGGUUCCCCGGUUCAAAUCCCAGCUCAGCCACUGACUCAUUGUGUGACCCUGUGCAAGUCACUUAACCUCCUUGUGCUCCGUCUUUCUGGUGAGACGUUGUUGUAAGUGACUCUGCAGCUGAUGCGUAGUUCAGAUAUCCUAGUUCUUGUAAGUUACCUUGGAUAAAGGUAUCUGCUAAAUAAACAUAAUGAUAAUAAUGAUAAUAAUAAUAAUAAUAAUAAUAAUAAUAAUAAUAAUAAUAAUAAUAAUUAGAGGUGAAAGGAGUCUCUAUUCUGGGUCUCAUGUUAUGGAUUGCUAGCGACUCAAAGCCCAGUGUGUUCUCUGUAUCGGUCUGAAGUCAGGCUUUGUGUGUUUUUUUUUUACAUGCUGCUGUAUGUUAUUUUGUUCAAGUAGCUGUAUCUUCAAGUGGACCAAUCAGAAAACCCCACAGUCUGAUGCGUGAUCUUUUAUUGUGCAAUAAAAGAUGACUUUCAACUUU